UCGAUCUUUCCAAGCCUUGCAUCGAUCUGAUUACAGAAACUACACAUAACCAUCCAGAGCGGAGAGAGGGUGCUGUGGGGGUGUGACGGUGGCGUGCGCGUCGGCGGCACGCACAAGUAAACUCCCCCAGGAUUUAUCAAUGGCGGAAGAACAUGAUACGUACCAGGGAAUCAUGGAUUCUUACGGUGAUUUCUUGUUGGGUCCAAGUAGGUACCCUGGGUUUCAACAAGUUACGCGUCAGACAAUUCACCUGGCGGAUGCACCGCCAUGUGUGGAGUCCUCAGAUUCAAUUCGGUGUGCGGAAGGAAUGGUGGUUGCUGGGCAGGAAGCUGUUGAUCCAUACAUGCCAACACAGAUUUCUGAUGAUUCUGUGCAAAAUUUAUUGGGUCAUCAUGUCGCCCGUGAACAACCUGCCUGUGGUUCGUUCACUGAGAUGCCGCAAGAUUCUUUUUAUCCAAGAUAUGAACAUAUCUUACAUGAACCUAUGGGCUCUGAGAACAAAACAUUCAUGAUAACUGGCAGGGAUGGGCGUGGUUCUUACCCUGAGGAACCAGAUGAUGGUCAAUGCAAUGAUCAGGAUCCAGCUUUGUCUGAUGAUGAUGCUUGUGUUAGUGAAGAUGAAAAUGCAGAAACAUAUCAUGUCUCCGUUGACUCUGAAAAUUUGUCAACAGCCAUAGAUAAAACAGCACAAACUGGUAAUGGACAAACUCACAGAUUUGAUAAACAGGCACAUGCAGAACACACAAUUGAAGUUGAGCAACUGAGCAAAGAAGAUAUUGAAAAUUACCUGCAAAAUGAAACACUGAUAUCAUCUCAGUCGUGCAGCCAGGAAAUCAGAGCUCAGCAUGUCCCGCGCAUUGAUAUGUCUUUCUGCAGCCAUGUAGAGGCUUUCGCUUUCUACAACACCUAUGCCAGCAUUGUUGGUUUCUCUGCAAAAAUAGCAGGCAACUAUCAUCGUAGAGGUACAGCUGCUGAUGCAGUGACAAGAUAUACAUAUAGAUGCAACAGGGCAGGGAAAGUUGUUAGUAGGGAAGUUCUUGAGGAAAGGAAAAGAAAAAGAGACCAAAAUAGGAAGACCAAAGAUGGAUUAGCUUGUCCUGUACAGUUAAACAAGCCGAGGAAUAAGAAUUCCAUUGAUGUGACAGAUUGCCAUGCAACGAUGGUGGUGACAUUGAAAGGUGAUAAAUGGAUAGUGACAAAAAUUGAAUUAGAACACAACCAUGUUUUAAGCCCCCCCGGUGAAGCUAAGUUUCUAAGGUCGCACAAGCACAUGACAGAUGAGGAAAAGUUGCUGAUAAGAACUAUGAAUGCAGUGAAGCUUCCUAGCAGAAAAAUAAUGGCAAUCCUAGCUGGUUUCAGAGGUGGCAUCUCUGCACUGCCAUACACAAAAAAGGACAUUAACAACUACAGAACGGCUAUAAGAAAUGAGAGCAACCAAAAUGACAUGAUGAUGGUCAUUGAUUUCUUCAAAAAAAAGCAAAUGGAAGAUCCUCGCUUCUAUUAUGCUUUCCGGAUAGACGAUGAGAAUAAAGUACAAAAUAUAUUUUGGGCAGAUGGGCACUGUAGGAGGUUUUACCACUUGUACGGAGACUGUGUCAGUUUUGACACUACGUACAAGACAAACAAAUAUAAUCUCCCAUUUGCGCCUUUUGUUGGGAUAACAGGUCAUGGUGAUAACUGCCUAUUUGCUUGUGCAAUCCUUCAAAAUGAGACGAUAGAGACUUUCACAUGGCUUUUUGAGGAGUUCUUGCAGUGUAUGAGAGGCAAAAUGCCACUAACAAUCAUCACGGAUCAAGAUGUUGCGAUGAAACAAGCAAUUCCCCGUGUGUUCACACAAACAACUCAUCGAAACUGCCUGUUCCACAUUAAAAAGAAGGCAGAGGAGAAGUGUGCUAGGUGUUUUGCAACCAAACGAACACUGCAUGUUGAGUUUAAUGACAUAAUUAACAGAUCUCAGACAGAGGAAGAGUUUGAAACACUCUGGCAAGCAAUGAUACAGAAGUACAGAUUUGAGAAUGUCAAGUAUUUCCAGCAUAUGUGGGAGAUAAGGAAAAACUUUGUUCCUGUAUAUUUCAAGAAGGAUUUUUUUUCCCUUCAUACAUUCUACAGCCAGGAGUGAGGGCACAAAUGCCAUUUUCAAAGAUAAUGUGGGGGCAACAUAUAGCAUCAUCAGUUUCCUUGGUGAGUAUCAGAGAAUUUCUGAGGACAUAGUAGAAAAAGAAAAAGAGCAAGACUCAAAAACAAGAACUACUAAACCAACUUUGUGGGCAGGUUCUGAAAUUGAGUUACAGGCUGCAAAAUUGUACAAUAGAAGCAUUUUCUACAAAUUUCAAACACAGCUGAAGAUGACACAAAAAAUUCAUGUGGAAGAGGUAGAGAAGAAUGUUAGUUAUGAAGUUUACAAAUCCAAUAUGCUUGCAGAGUUAGAUUUCAGAGAAAGAAAAUUCAUGGUCAUGGUGGAUUGGGCAAAUGAGGACAUAUCUUGCAUUUGUGCUAGGUUCCAAAAAGAUGGGAUAUUGUGCUGCCAUGCCUUAAAGGUCCUUUUGCACCUUAAUGUUUCUGUUCUGCCUGAAAAGUAUUUUAUUGAAAGAUGGAGACCAACAGAAAUUAAAGAUGUACGUGACAUGCGAUGCGGUGUGCCGCUGCAGCUAACAGCAGAAAAUAGCCAUUUCAGAUACAACAUAUUGUCUAAGACGAUGACAGAUUUGGCAGCAGAAGCGUGCACGUUGACAGAAACAUAUAUGUACUUGGUCAACAAGAGCACAAAAAUUCGUCGGAAGCUAUCUGAGAUCAGAAAAGAAGCAGAACAGAAAGAACAACAAAAGCAAUUUGGACAGCCUGAGAUUGAUAACCAACUGCCUGCAGACAAUACAGCACCUGAUGUGUCCCAUGUUGCACAUAACUCUAGCGCUAUAUACAAAGAACCUGAUGUUGCUAAAUCAAAAGGGCGUCCUAAAGUGCAGGGGAGGCAAAAGACGCUUGCCGAAGAAAUUUUCACUAAACAACAGAUUACGUGCAGCCAUUGUGGAGAUCAUGAUCACAACAUAAAAACAUGCAAAAAGUUGGCCAUAGACAAGGAAAAAUUCCAGAAAGGGAAACGAAGCAAUAAAACAAAGCAAGGAAGUGUCCCUACUGCGACUCAGAAUGCUAGAAAGAAGCAAAGGGUUGCUGUUGCGAGUACACGCAAGGCAGGGGCCCCCAAGACGGCUGAAAAAAACAAAGGAAAGAAGCCAAGCACCCCGAAAACGGGCGGAAGUGGUCAUGCUAACACAGAUAUCUCAUCUCCGUUCCCCCAAAGAGAUGUCCAAUCUCCCAGGAUCAGGAAACCAACUCGGAAAGCAAUUGAGAGCAUGCUCCUUACACCAUCUAGGAAACAGAGAAAGCAAGAUGGCUAAAUUCAUGUAUGAGGAUUUUUUUUUUGGGAACAAAAAUAUCAGAACAUAGGCAGACUUCCUUCGAACAUUAA